CUACUGGUCGCUUGAUAGAAGAUACGGUGGAGAUCAAGGGGACUUGAUGUCUUACGCAUCGACACUUCGCUCAAUUGAGUUUAACAGCGCGAUGGUCUAUGGACGCCUUCUGCAGCCCCAUUUGACGGAGAACCCCAUUUCUGAUACACGCAGAACGAGUGAUGUCUGCAACCACCAAGAUGGAAAAGCUGGAUGCGGGUCAUGAACUUAGACCGGAGUCCCACUCUUGGUAAAGAGCUAUCGUCCAGCACUUCCAGGUUCGCUGCAAAAUUGAACCUUCCUGUCUCUGCUGCUGUUCUGUAAGUUCGUCUCUAAGGUACGGUACAUUGUAAUGGUUUUCCAGGCUUUAUGGGCGGCAGCGCUUGUAGCUGCAACCCUCACUCAAGCUAGAACUGCAGCUUCAACUGUGAGCGUACCAGCAGGGACGUUUGCCGGAAACAGCUCCAUCCAAGGUCUUGACCAAUUCCUCGGCAUACCAUAUGCGAAUCCUCCAACAGGUGCACUCCGUUUCGCAAACCCUGAGCCUUUCACAGGCUCUCUGUCCAACCCGUUUAACGCAACCGCCUAUGGACCGGGGUGUUUGCAAGAUCCGCUUUAUGGCUUGUACAACGGGCUGAGCGAGGACUGUUUGACCGUGAACGUCGUCAGACCGCACAACUUGACUGCUUCGUCAAAGCUACCAGUCCUGGUCUGGAUCCACGGAGGCGGCAACGAGAACGGUCAAUCCAUUUUCUACAAUGGGACAGCGCUCGUCCAGUAUUCUGUAUCCAUCGGCCAGCCCGUCAUCUAUGUUGCCUUCAACUACCGUCUUGGCGGCUUCGGAUUCAUGACCAGUCCUGCAACCCAAGCUCAGGGCCUUUCGAACCUCGGAUUGAAAGACCAGUAUCUCGCAUUGCAAUGGGUCCACAAGAACAUCGAGAGCUUUGGAGGGAACUCCAGCAAAGUCGUCAUCUUCGGCGAGUCGGCAGGAGCAUGGGAUUGCUGGGCCCAGCUUCACCGUGCGUACACUCUGAACGAAACGAACAAAUACUUCCAAGGCAUGAUCACCCAGUCCGGCAGCCCUGGAGCUCUUGCGGCGCCGUACGCCUUGCCUCCUGAAGCCGGCGCGCCCGCAUAUCAAGACCUUUUGUCACAGACAAACUGUUCCAGUGCUGCAGACAGCGUCGCGUGCCUGCGAACAGCCCCCAUCAGCGUGCUAUCCCCAAUCCUUACAGGCGGGUCCGUCAUCCAAUUCACCCUGGACGACGACUGGUUCAGCAAAAACCUCACGGAUUCUCUGAUCGACUACGAACUAGCCCCAAUCCCCAUCAUCCACGGCUGCAACCUUGACGAGGGCUCCGUCUUCAUGCCCGACCCCUUCAACCCGCCCAACCGCACCGAUCUCAUUGACCUUAUUUCUCCAUACCUGAACGACUCGGAGGCCCUAGGUGGCCGGAUCGUCAGUGUCUACGAGAACACCUCCGUCGUCGAUCUCGGCAAGGGCUUCAACGCCGACCCGACUGCCAACAAAACCUACUGGACCGCCGUCGGCCUGUACAGCGACGCGUGGAUGCACCUUGGCCGACGUGCUCUCCUGAAGAAAGCCAGCGCUCACGUCCCCACGUGGGGUUACUACUUCAGCCAGCAGCCACCACUGUCACAAAUGAACCUGUCCUACGAAUACCCGGGCCUUCCCGCAUCCUAUGCGCGGCGCGUCGCAGUGCAGCACGGUGCCGAGCUGUCGUACGUCUUUGGCGAAGCCUCAUCCCUCGACAACAGAACCCAAGGCGACGUCGUCGUGUCAACGACGAUGAUGAGGUCUUGGAUCAGCUUCGCGUAUACACUCGAUCCCAAUCCCGCCGAGGGCGAGGACGUGCCGUACUGGCCGCACUACAACGACACGGAGGAAGGUGUUGUCAUGGUCUUCCAGCACCAGGACGGCAAGGGCAUUGCGCCACGCAAGGAUACCAUGCGUCAAAAGGCGUAUGACGCGUGGAAUUCGGCGAGGGAAAGUCUAGGAUUGGUACCGAUUUACUGAUUGAAGUCUGGACAGACACCAGGCCCAGGCCCAGGCUCCUAGGCCUGUAUAUACUGUACAUAUUACCGACAGCUACAGUAGUCGGAACUCAGGGGGUGUGACAUGCUCCGGUUUCGGCACAACAUAUUGGAGGAAUACUGACAUGAGAACAUGGUACGAGAGCAAGAGCAUUCCCUGUAUGUAACCCCUUCUCGGUCCAUAUCUGCAGGCUCCUGAAUGCAGUUUUGACACCUUUCGACAUGGGAGACGGAAAUGCUCCCAGUCAGAUAGUGCCAGACUUGCUUUCAAACAGCUGCAGAAAGAAACAGAUAUACCCCUGUUGAGCAACCUUUA